AUGGCCAAGCGUACCUUUUCCACACUGGAGUCUUUUUUAAUUUUCCUCCUUGUGAUGAUGACUGCAAUCACUGUUGCCCUUCUCAGCCUACUGUUUAUCACCAGCGGGACCAUUGAAAACCACAAAGAUUCUGGAGGCCAGGACUUGACAACUACCCAAAGCUCUUUAACAACUCAGAGUCCCACAACUACUCAGCGCCCCAAUGCCACUCAGAUUCCUCCAAUGACUUACACUCCAGAGCCUCCCCUUUUCCAGAACUUCAGUGGCUACCACAUUGGUGUUGGAAGAGCUGACUGCACAGGACAAGUAUCAGAUAUCAAUUUGAUGGGCUAUAGCAAAUACGGCCAGAACGCACGGGGCCUCCUCACAAGGUUGUACAGUCGGGCCUUUAUCUUGGCGGAACCUGAUGGGUCAAAUAGAAUUGUGUUUGUCAGCGUUGACAUCGGCAUGAUGUCCCAAAGACUCAGGCUGGAGGUUCUGAAGAGACUGGAGAGUAAAUAUGGCUCCCUGUACAGAAGAGACAACGUUAUCUUGAGUGGCACUCACACACACUCAGCACCAGCAGGCUAUUUACAGUACACUGUGUUUAUAAUUGCCAGUGAAGGAUUCAGCAACAGAACUUUUCAGUACAUGGUCAAUGGCAUCAUGAAGAGCAUUGAUAUAGCACAUGCAAAUAUGAAACCAGGCAAAAUCUUUGUCAAUAGAGGAAAUGUGGAAGGUGUACAGAUCAACCGAAGCCCUUUUUCUUACCUUCAGAAUCCACAAUCAGAGAGAAUGAGGUACACUUCAAAUGUAGACAAGGAAAUGUUAAUCUUGAAAAUGGUAGAUCUGAAUGGAGACGACCUGGGCCUUAUCAGCUGGUUUGCAAUUCACCCCGUCAGCAUGAACAACAGCAAUCAUCUUGUGAACAAUGACAACAUGGGUUACGCCUCUUACCUCUUUGAGCAAGAGAUGAACAAAGGACAUCUGCCUGGAGAGGGACCGUAUGUAGCAGCUUUUGCCUCAUCAAACCUAGGGGAUGUGUCUCCCAAUGUGCUUGGCCCACGUUGCAUCAACACUGGAGAAUCCUGUGACAACAUCAACAGCAAUUGUCCCAUUGGUGGGCCCGGCAUGUGCAUGGCUUCAGGUCCCGGAAAGGAUAUGAUUGAUAGUACACAAAUCAUAGGAACGACCAUAUUUCAGAAAGCAAAGGAACUCUAUGACUCCGCUUCCCAGGAGGUAACUGGGCCGCUGGCUUCUGCCCACCAGUGGGUGAAUAUGACAGAUGUCACCGUCUCGCUCAAUGCCACACACACAGCAAAAACCUGUAAAGCAGCCUUGGGCUACAGCUUUGCAGCUGGCACCAUUGAUGGAGCAGGCAGCCUCAAUUUUACACAGGGCACUACAGAGGGGGACCCAUUCUGGGACACUGUUCGGGACCAGCUCCUAGGCAAGCCGUCGGAAGAAAUCAAAGAAUGUCAAAAACCAAAGCCAAUUCUUCUUCACACCGGUGAGCUGACCAUACCUCAUCCUUGGCACCCAGAUAUUGUUGAUGUUCAGAUUCUCACUCUAGGGUCCUUGGCUAUAGCUGCCAUACCUGGGGAGUUUACGACCAUGUCUGGACGAAGGCUACGGGAGGCUCUUCAAGCAGAAUUUUCAUCGCAUGGAAUGCACAACAUGACUGUUGUUAUUUCGGGUCUAUGCAAUGUUUAUACUCAUUACAUUACCACCUAUGAAGAAUUCCAGAUCCAGAGAUAUGAGGGAGCAUCGACUAUUUAUGGGCCACAUACUCUGUCUGCUUAUAUCCAGCUCUUCAGAGGCCUUGCUAAAGCCAUUGCUACGGACACGGUAGCCAACCUGAGCAGAGGUCCAGAGCCUCCAUUUUUCAAGCAAUUGAUAGCCCCUCUAAUUCCUAAUAUUGUGGAUAGAGCACCAAUCGGCAGGCAUUUUGGGGAGGUUCUGGAGCAAGCAAAAUCAGAAUACAUAGCGGGAGAAGUUGUUGAAGUUACCUUUGUAGGUGCCAAUCCCAAGAACUCAGCAGAAAACCAGACUCAUAACACGUUCCUCAUCGUGGAAGAAUAUGAUCCCACUUCAAAUUCAUGGAAGGCGAUGCAUAAUGAUGCCUCCUGGGACACGCAGUUCAUUUGGCACAAGGGCUUGCUGGGUAUUAGCAAUGCGACAGUAGCAUGGCAAACUGUACCCACUACCAGGCCUGGAAUCUACAGAAUAAAAUACUUGGGACACAUGCGAAAACAAGAACUUUUCAAGCCGGUGGAAAUACUUCCAUUUGAAGGCACUUCUGCUGCUUUUGAAGUUAAGGCUACUUCAUGA